AUUUUUCAAGGUGGUUCUUAUGGAGAGGCCUUCUUCCAUGCCUGUUGGCAAUUUUGCCACGGCCAUCUUGCUCGUCGGGGCGGCCACUCUUUGUGGUGCCGCAGUCGACUGGGCUUCUAUAGCGACACCACCACGAUUCGUUCAUGAGCCGAACGAAGAAGUAUUGUAUUUUAAAGUUGAGAAAGUUGGAACGGAGCAGACAAAAGCUCCAGAUAACCUUUUCCAAAUUACUAUCAAUUGCAUAGCCGAAGGAAAUCCAGUUCCAUCUUAUCGGUGGACAAAAAAUGGAAAGACGUUUAACGUCAAUAUGUUUUCUGACAAAGUCGUACAGAAGCCAGGUGAAGGCACUCUUGUCUUCUCGAAACUCGAUGAGAGUGAUGCUGGAGUGUACCGAUGUGAAGCCAGUAAUGAUAACGGAACGGCUAUCUCACGGCCGACACGACUGGAACAAACUUGGAUUCGACAUUUUCCCAUAAUCGAGCCUGAAGUGGUGCGAGUCGAAUUGGGUGAUCCAUACUCCCGAAAUUGUACGCCACCUGUAAGCAACCCGACUGCCCGUGUGUAUUGGAUUCUCAAAGGUGACGAAGGGACAGCUGUGACGUUUGAAUCCAUCAACAGCAGCCAUAUAUCCAGCAACGAACAGGGUACAAUUUUCUUUCAUUUUGUGAAAGAAUCCGAUUUGAAGCCGAACCGAUUCUACACUUGCACUGCUGAAAACACCGAACUCAAGGAUUACAAAUUCGGCAGUCAAUUCAGCCUUGAAAUCACUACAAAUCGGCGGAGAAGUCUGGGAAAUGUGCCACCAACGGAGCAGUACGUCAAUCAGAGUUCACCAAUUGCUUUACAAGGACAGCAGCACAAGCUACACUGCUUCUUCUCGGGAUAUCCCGCUCCGAAACCAACAUGGUAUCAUAACGGGCAUGAGAUCAGCGAGGAUACAGCGGAAGGAUUUCGAUUUGAAGCCUACGGAAAGACACUGGUAUUCAACGUGACACAGGACAAAGCGGGCAAGUAUGACUGCCGUUUCCCCGUACAUAAUGAUAUCGACAGGACAUUCAACGUCAUCGUUGAAGCCGCUCCUUAUUGGCCUGAUGGACCGCCGCCCAAUACAAAUACGAGCGAAGGCGAAACGGUCACCUUUGAUUGCACGACAAGCGGAAAACCCGUGCCGAAGGUCACAUUCUACAAGAAUGGCGUUGAGAUGAAAAAACCAAAGGAUGGCGACAAAUGGGUGAUUGAAUCGACAAGAUUGACGAUCUACGAUGUGAAGAAGGGCAUUCAUGGUAAAGGAGACAAUGCCGUGUAUCAGUGUAAAGCUGAGAACAAGCAUGGUUAUGUAUGGACGAACUUCUACCUCAAUCUGCUGGCAUUCAAACCUCAACUGCUCACCGAUGCUGGAGAAGUUGAAGCUGUAGCGGGACAAUCCGUAACACUUGAAUGCAAAUUCUUCGCUAGUCCCAAUGCUGUGAUAACCUGGGCAAGCCCAUUGCUCCAAGGCAUUACUCAUAACGUCAUUCCUGCAAAUCCACAUGGUGUCGGGAAAUUAGUCAUACCAAACGUCACACCCGAUGCUGAAGGAGAGUAUGAAUGCACGGGAACCAAUAAAUAUGGCCAGGCCAAAGGUGCAGCUAAACUUCUGGUUCGAAAGGCUACACGGUUAGAACCGUUCCGUCGUCCUGAAGAAGUUCGAAUAGCCGGAGAAACGAUCAGAUUGCCUUGCGAAGCCAGCCCUGAUGAACGGCUCGAAGUCACGUACGAAUGGCUUGUGAAUGGUCAACCAUUGAAUGAUGUACAUUUGCAAACUGGACACUACAAGGUGGAAGAUGAUCAUUCACUACUUGUCAUCAAUCCAACGCAAUACGACUCGGCCAAGUACAAAUGUGUAGCAAGCACAAAGCUCGAUAAAGUUGAAAAGGAGGUCCAGAUUCAGAUCAAAGAUGUGCCUGUGCCUGUUCACGCUGCCUAUGUUAGCAACUGUGAUGCGGACUCACAAUCAGCUGAGAUCAGUUUCGAGCACAUGGAACCGGCUGACACUGUGUCGCCUGUGAAAGAAUUCUGGGUACAAUAUCAAAUGGACAGUGAAACUGAAGGUACACAAUGGCGAACGCAUCCAGUGCCCGUGCAAGCACAUCCUAAUGACCGAAUCGAAGGCGAUCAACGAAUGGUCAGCGGAAAAGCCACAGUCGCAUUACAACCAUUUGGACAUUACGUCUUCCGGGUUUUGGCUCGAAAUGGAGUUGGUGACAGCUCUCCAACGAGAGUGAAAGAUACCUGCAUCACUCCGCCGAAACAACCAGACAGGAACCCGGCUGGAGUUUGGGCUAAAGGCGCCAGCCCCGAGAACAUGGUUGUACAUUGGCGUCCAAUGCCUAGAGAGGAGUGGAAUGGACAGAACUUCCACUACAAGAUCAAGUACCGACCUGCCGACGGUGGUGGCGGUGACUGGAAAGAAGUGCAAGUCAACGAUCCGUUUGCCGACCGUUACACCAUAACUUUGGACGACGAUAAAGAUGCAAAACCGUUCCAGCCAUAUGAAGUGCAGGUACAAGCUGUAAACGAUGAAGGCACAGCAAACGUUGUUCCUGAGACUGUGGAAGGUCGUACCGGAGAAGGCGUUCCUAGCAGUAUCCCCACCGGAUUCCGUGUUGUCAGCAAAGACGGCACCACAGCUACAUUCGCUUGGAACCCUGUGGAUCCAAGUACAGCGAAUGGAAACUUCACUGGAUACAAGAUUACAUACUGGCACGAUGAAGUUGAAGGCGAAGAAGAAGAGACUAACGAGGUUGAAUCGAGGCUUCGAUUCAGGAGAACGUCAAGAACAAAGCGAGCUGUUGAAAGUAGGAGAAAAACGGUUGUGUUUGGCCCGAAAGCCACAAGUGGAACGAUUACUGAUUUGAAGCCCGAUACGCAAAACUAUGCGACUAUACAGGUGAUAAACGGAGCCCAUGAAGGAGAACCGAGCGAAGUCAUAACAUUCCAUACGGCAGAAGGCGUACCAUCUCCUGUACGAGGUUUACGAGCUUAUCCAAUGAACCCUCGAGAUUCGGACGAGAAAGCUGUUGUGCAUCUCAUAUGGAGGAGACCACGGCGGCCAAAUGGAAAACUUCUCAAAUACGUGGUAGAAUAUUGCCGUACCGAAAACGGGAGAGUUGUAGAAAGAGAUUGCCCAAGACAAGAUGUUGACGCUAGUCGAAACCAGAUUCGCUUAUCUGGGCUGGAAUUCGAAACACCCUACCGAUUCAUUGUGAGAGCGCAGACGAGUGCAGGAGAAGGCGAUCCGAAUAGUGCCGAUGCGCCAACGCUCCCUGAGGUUGUCGCAGCUGGAGUGGAUCCUAGCACGCCAUCGUUCGUGGAAAAUGAAAUUGGUGACGAUUACUUCAACGUCACAUUCAAUCCAUCGAAAUUCGACGAAGAGGAACGCCGCCCUGUCGGAAAUACUUUCCUUGUGCAGUAUCGCGAAGCAGAUACAGAUGAAUGGAAGCAAGUCCCGCAAGAAGGAGACGAUCUGACUGUGCAUGUCGGCGAUCUUAACCCUGGCACGAGGUAUGAAGUCCGCGUCGCAGCAUUGCAAAAAGAUCCAAGUGGUGAAGAAAGAGAAACAUAUUCACCGUCGAGCUACAUCACGACAACAGGAAAAUCCCCGAAAGCAGCUCGAUUAUGGUGGUUACUGCUGAUCCUGUUGAUUCUGCUGCUCCUACUCUGCAUAUGUUGCAUGAUCUGCGUUGCACUCCGACAUCGUGGUCAGAACUAUCCAGUCUCGCAGAAGGAACGCGAACAAGGACGAGAGCCGAUUCUUGCUAAACAGCACUUUGGCGAGUACAAAAACGACGAUGACGAGAAGCGUUCGUUGACGGGCAGUAAAGCGGAAUCCGAAACCGAUAGCAUGGCCGAAUAUGGUGACACCGAUCCAGGCCGGUUCACUGAGGAUGGAAGCUUUAUUGGUCAAUACGUACCCGCAAAAACGUUGAUGCCACCAGAGAAGCCGGAGAAAGGCAGCACGUCGACAUUUGUGUAGAUGCAUCUAUUCCAUAGUCGUGCGCGCGUCCGCUACUAGCGCCCGGUGAUCGCGACGCGCUCCUCUCGCGGGGCGUGUCGUCGCGUGUGUGGUGUCCGUCAUCGACGCGGUUCUGUUCUUCCGCGCUCUCAUCCGUCAUCUCUUUGUUGUAGAAGGGAGCCGGGAAACACACAUCCACACACUAAAUUACACAUUCACAUUCCCCUUUGUGCGAUGUUGAUUGAUAGGCUUGGUGUGUUCGCGUCUGUGCGUUGCAAUGUGCUCGGGUAGGGAGUUGUCUGUCUUUGCGGUUCGGUGUCUGUGUACUGUUCUCGGUUUGAUCUCCGUUCACCGGACCGUACCGGCUAGACCGACAUGGCCCCUCUCUCUUAUAGUUGUUGUUAUUAUCACAUUCUCCUGUAUAUCUCGCAUAUGAUUUGGAUUUUAUUCAGUUAUUUUUUAUAUUGCACUAAUAUCUUGAUUUUUGAGCUAAUGAGAUCAAGUCAUACUGUGUCCGAUUAUCGGUUUGCCUUUACACAUUGUCGCUCUCUAAUUCUUUCUAUAUGAAUCGAUUACUCGCCCCACAUCAACCAGUGUUCCUUUGCUGUUCUACUAGUUUGUUUCACGUAGUGAAGUGAAGACAGAGAGGCUGCACUUGCGCGCGACUGUAGGCGUUUGCCCGAGGAUUUUCCCCCUCAAACCCACUGCCAUCACAGUCGAUCUCUUAGUAUCCGUUCGUCCUAAAGCUGUCUCCACAAUGCACUGCCUCUCUCUCAGCUUUCACGUUGUAUAUCACUGCUCAGAAGGUGUUGUGCAAGCGGCCAACACCUCAUCGCCUCCUCUCUUCUCCAUCAUCCGUAGGCCAGCAGCUCUCUUGUUUUAUGUAGGUAGGCCCCAUGGGGUGUUAGUUGCCCCAUAGUUUUAGUCCCCGGUACUGUUUUUUUCUUAUUGGGACUAGCCGUCUUUCUUCGCAGCCUCUCCGAUACAAACUCUGCCACAUGUUUUGUUUUACAUCAUCUGAUGACUUCUGCUAGGCGUUACCCAAUCAUAAACACUCCCCUUUUCAUUGAGCUUCUAUAUCUUUAUUGCUGUUUGGCUGACCCCAUGUAUUGUUGCAUAAAAUGGCAUAAUGAAGAUUAUUUCGUCUAG